UUCAACCACCAUCAGUGGUUAAUUAAUUGUCCUUGGUUGAACUUGGUACUAGAUGAAGGUAGGCACAGGUGUGGAGCUGCUGACUCAACAAGCACGGUAAGAGGAAAGGUAGAGAUAUCACGUGUCAGCUGACGUUGUCCAGGUACUGACAACCCAGUUUUGAAAGCUAAGCAUGGUACAGAUCUUCUGCUUCCACUGUCGGUCAAGGUUUCAUUACCUUGAUUGGGGAUUUAGAAUAGGCAUUACAUACAUAUAGGGCACACCAGAACCAAGCCCAUCAUCCUUCCUUUUUGAAAGUCCUUUCAAAAUGCUACUCUCAAACAACAGGGCAUUGGAGGGUUCUGCAGAUUUCAGGGAGAUUUAAACUUUUUGAUGUUCCUUUUCAAGGAGACUUUUAGAGGAUUUGAGAAGGUUCCCAGCCAAAAAAAAUAAUAAUAAUAAAACACGCAGUGAAGGUUUGAAGGAAGAAAUCUUUCAUUCUUUAAUUUGGAGAAAGUAUUAAAAUACACUGUAUAGGCCUAUUAAUCAGGAAAUAACCCAUUGAUCUUCAACAUAAAAGUGUCUCAAUCACUGAGUGGUUUGGGGCCCAUGACAACUGAUUGUUUAGAAUCCUGGGAUUUUCCCUUAUCGUCAUCUUUCUUCAGGGGGUACAUGUCCCUGUACAUGUACUUCAUUUGGCCCUACAAAGGUUAAGCACAUGUACACUGCACAGUGUUACCCAGUCCAGUCAAAACUUUGACUUUGGAGGAAAAGGCAGGACCCUAUAUGUACAUGUAUAUUGCACACUUGAGAAGUAUGGAAAUAUGCAAGGUUUAGAAAAUACAUGUAUUUGCCAAGCAAAAGUGGGUUACCAGCCACAAUGCCAUGCAUUCUAUAUUGACUGGUUCCCAGCUGAUACGGUGUUUGCUUGAAUUGUGCUUAGCAGUUUAUUUUGUGUUUACCAGCUCUAUGAAUUUGAAGCCAGGAAGGUUAGGGUAAAGCAAAUUUGAGCAGUGCCAAAAUCAUAGGGUGGGAACUUUGUUCUUGAAGAGCCAAGGUACAUGUACAGUAGUUUCUUCUUCACAAAGGGCACUUGUGUUAGAUAAUCAACUUGUCUAUGGGAACAUUUCAGUGGGCAUCAAGACAAAGAUCGGAGGCAUCAAGGCAAUUGCCUCCAAUGCCUCCCGAUGUUCCUGGCCAAAACAAUGUCUUCUGAAUUUCUCAGCCAUCGGUUGGUUGUCAUUCCAGACGUAAUUAUCCAUGCUGUGAUUUACCGUUGUGUCUGCGUAAGAUGAUUCAGCAUGCUACACACACAGUCCAGUAGGAAGAAAAAAACGUGUAGAAUGUUUAGGAGUACAUCCUUGACAUGUAAUCCACCUGUCCAUGAUUAAUCGCUUUUCUGAGAGACCCACCUCCUGGCUAAAAAUAUCCACCGUGAAGUGAAAGUUUAAAGGGAGGAAAGAAUAUUGGGCAUGAACUGAUGAAGUGCUUUGACGUUUGCUAUUUGAAUUGUGGUAAUUUCUGGGAUGAGUGCUGUAAACCAGGAUGCAUACAUGCACUUUUGAAUUGCAUCUUCUGUCGUUCAUGCUGGAAAGGCAUUGCCUAUAUCUUGUAGAGUUUGUGUCAUUGCAGAUUUAUGGUGGAGGUUUUGUGUUCAACUUGUGCUGUCAUUUACAUGUACAUUGUACAUGUUCAUGUUCGCGUAGCAUACUUGAUUACACUUUAUGGCAGGAAAAGUGGUCCCCAGGCACUGAAUGUUUGGCCAAGUUCAACUUUGAGGGUUCCACGGCAGAUGACCUGUCUUUCAAGAAGGGGGAAAUUGUCUUCAUCACCAAAGCCACAAAAGACCCCAACUGGUACCGCGCAAGGAAUGAGAAAGGCCAGGAGGGCAUGAUACCAGCUAACUACGUACAGAAGAGGGAAGGCGUCAAACGACAAUUCAUGCCGUGGUUCCAUGGUAAAAUAAGUCGGGAGAAGGCAGAGGAACUCCUGCAGCCCUGUACCGACGGACUGUUCCUGGUCCGAGAGAGCACCAACUUCCCCGGCGACUACACCCUGUGCGUGGGCUGGAUGGGUCACGUCGAGCAUUACCACAUCCUGUACGACAAUAACAAACUCACCAUCGACGAGGAGAGAUACUUUGAGAAUCUGACCAAAUUAGUUGAGCACUACGAGGAGGACAGUGAUGGUCUUUGUUCGAGGCUAAUAGUAGCCUUGGCAAAGAAGGGGGAACUCAACUUCUCCAUUAACUCAGAUGAUUUUGUGCAAUCUGGCUGGGCCAUUAAUAGGAAAAACAUCCAACUUGGUGAUCUUAUCGGCAAGGGAAACUUUGGCGACGUAAGGAAAGGUAACUACAUGGGGAGAAAAGUCGCAAUCAAGCAGCUGAAAGAUGACAGCAAAGCAGCCCAAACAUUCCUUGCUGAAGCCUCCGUCAUGACGAAACUCAGACACCCAAACCUUGUACAGUUAAUGGGAGUUGUGUUGCCAAGUGGGCAGAGUCCCUUGUUAAUAGUCUUAGAAUUUAUGGAAAAGGGGAACUUGGUAGAUUAUCUGAGGUCUCGGGGAAGGACAGUGAUCAAACAGCCACAGCUACUCAAAUUCGCCGGUGAUGUUGCCUCGGCCAUGGCCUACCUGGAGAGCCAGAACAUUGUCCACCGCGACUUGGCGGCGCGAAACGUUCUCAUCUCAGAGAGGGACAUUGCCAAGGUCGCAGAUUUUGGCCUCUCGAAAGAUGCCGCCAUCACCCAGCAGGGAAUCAAAUUUCCAAUCAAAUGGACAGCGCCAGAAGCCCUCCGAAAGAACCUAUUCUCUGUCAAGUCAGAUGUAUGGAGUUUUGGCAUUCUCAUUUGGGAACUGUACUCAUUUGGGAAGCUUCCCUAUCCUAAACUUAACCUGACUGUUGUUGUAGAGCAUAUAGAGAAUGGAUAUCGCAUGACAGCCCCAGAGAGCUGCCCAGACAGUAUCUAUAAGAUCAUGCAGCAGUGCUGGGAUAUUGACCCGAGGAAGAGACCAUCAUUUGAAUAUAUACACAGCCAGCUGAGCGGCAUGAUGAGAACCCUCUAGCAGGCCUUGAAUAGAGGGGAGUAGGCACGUACAGCUAGUCUCUCAAAAGCUCACUGAAAAAGUGUUGUAAUCGAGUACUAGAGGGUAGAGACAGGAGAGCAGAAAAGAUGACUUAUGAGUGUGAGUAUGGAAAGAUGAGUUACAUCUGUCAGUGGAAUUUUUGCAGCAGGAGCAAAUUUUCAAAUUGGCUUUGGCCAGUGAAGGCCAGUACUCAAUGAAAAACAAAGUGACUGCUUACAAAUGAGUUUUGAAUGAGUCAAUUUCAUAUUUGUGAGUACCAAAUUGAGUUGACAUGUGUGAGUGCAGGAUGAGUAUGGUGCCCAGAUUCUCCAAGCUCUUUGGGAAAUAGUGAGCACUCAAGGACAGUGGGACCGAGAACCUCAAACAUGGAUUACCGACUGUUCAGUAUGUUAUUUGAGUACCAGCUUGAUUGACUAUGCGCACGAAUUUGGUACGUGAUCUACAACACUUUUAUUAAAGUGAUACUUACAACAAUGUGCUUUAAAGAAUUCUGACUUAGUAGGAACUUUGCUUUUGGAUCAUCACAUUGAGAACCAAGCGUAGUGCCUCCACACAAGGCCAGUCCAAAAUUAACAUCAGUUAUUGUAUUUAUCAGUGGUUUUGCAUCUAAAUAUGAGCUUGAUUGAUGUUUUAAAGUCUCUAUUUCACUUUACUGAAAGUGAAGGAGACCACUUUUAUCAUCCAAAUUUGAUGUCUUUAAUGCAGAUAGAGCAAAAAUUUAUGCUUGGUAAGGAAUUUUGGAUACAUGUCGAACAUCAACUUACGAGUACAGGCUUAAUCACAAAUGAAUCAAAGAUUUCUCAGGUGCUGAAUUUGGCAAAAUGUUCCAAGGCAGUCAAAUUUGACCAGCAUGUAAAAGUCUAUUGGAUCUUGCCUUUUGCAUUGCAUGAAUGCACACACCUAUUUGAAAGUUGGCCUUCCUCAUCAAGUAAUGUCCGUCAAAGUGCCUUCCUGGGCGCUUUAAUAUGCCAGAGUGUGAAGUUUGACUCUGAAUGGUGAAAUAUUUCAGGUGACCGGUAUACAAUAACGAUCACUUACGAGUGCGGUAGCAAGAAUGAUUUUGCUCUGUGACUUAGGGAAGGUUUCAUGUGACAAGGUGAAACCAAGCAGAAAUGGAAGUUUCCAUGUGUUACUGAAUAAACUAAUUCUUGAAACCGCACAAAUGGAAACCUUAUUUAUUCUACAAAAGGCCUUAAUCUAUUCUGAACAAAUUCGCAUGUGAAAAAUGUGUGCAAGAGAAAUUACUGGGGAUUUAGAAUGUUCUCUUUACGUCAGACCAUGGCACUGCAUUUUGGGAGUUGUUUCUAUUUGGGCAGUUGUUUCUAUUUGGGACCACUGGUGCUUCCAACUUUUCUGGGAGGGGGGGGAAUAUACAUUCCGAAAGUGCGUCUCAGUUUAAUUCUGUGGUUCACAUCUUUCUGGUCCUGGAGUUGGUCAAUCACCAAAAGAAAUAAAAUCUUACGUAAAAAAAAUACACGAUGAACACAUAAGGCUAAUAAAUGAUGCAGUGUUCAAUGACUGAUUGGCUCGUUCAGAGUUAACAUAAAAACUCUUUUUAUGAUAUUUAUUGAAGUAACACAUAAACCCAUCUUAAGCUUCUUGGAUAUAAAUUACACAAAAUGAAAAAAUUUUUAUGUGGCAUAUACCAUCACAGAACGUUUGCAGUUUUUUCUUCAGUUGGGAGCCAAAAACGGGAUUGUUCAGGAAUGAAAACUAUAGAAUUAAAAAGGGGUACCCUAGUGGAACAAUCAUCAUUCUGAAUGGAGUGUUGCAAACACUACCCAAUUGCCAACAUUUGCCUGUUCCUUUCCACCAAUGGAAAUAAGCCUUUUGUGAGUUAACUUGAUUUAUAAAUACCUCCGACACUCUCCCUUUUCAACAACGUGCCACUUGACUGUGUAUCAACAUUUGAUAAUGCCCGCUGAGAUGUGAUAAGGCCUGCUGCAUAAAUCACGCGAUGGCACUUGGAUACGAGACAGUUUAACCAAUCCUGAUUGGUCAAGAGUCUUUGUACAUGAGGCUUGCCACACGCACAUCAAGUCCAUAUAAGGAGGUUCUUUUGGACAACUUGCACAUGCCUUGGAAUAUACCAUAAAAUGGGGGGGUCCGGGAAAAUGAAAGUAAAUUCUCAAACCAAAUUGUAGGAAAUCUGUCAUAUAUUGACUUCUUUGACACUCCGAUUUAAAAAGGUAUUUAUGAAUGGGAAUACAAAUGUGCUUGGCCAUCCAAG